AUGGCGCCCAAGAAGAAGCGCGGGCCCAGCGCGGGGCGCCGGCCGGGCGCUGCGGGAGACGGAGCCAAGCCGCCGCUGUCGGAGCACGGGCAGUACCUGCAGCGCGAAUACAAGCUGCUCUCCGAGCAGCUGGACGCCUGCGAGGCGCGCGUUGACCAGGUGCUGCAGGAGAACGCCUUCCUGGACCGCGAGGCGGUGCGCUUGCGCGAGGAGAACCGGCUCUUCGCCAGCUACGUGAGCGCGCGCGCACAGCGCUGCGCCCAAGCCAUCGUCCGGCUAGAGGAGCAGAACCGCGUGGACCUGACGCAGAUCCACUGGCAGCGGGCCGAGCUGGCCUCGCUGUACCGCGGACGCGAGGACGGGGUGCGCACGCAGCUGCUGGAGAUGGAGGCGCGCGCGGCGCAGAUGGCGCGGCAGGUGCAGGAGCUGCAGCCCUACAAGGAGCUGCAGCUGGAGCAAUUGGCCCGGAUCCGGGCGCUGGAGCGCGAGCUGCUACACAUCCGCGUGGAGCACACGCAGCUGCUUCACCACGUGAAAAGGCGCUUCCUGGAGGACAAGGCGGCCUUCGAGCGCGAGGCGCGUCAGCGUGUGCAGUCCCUGGCGCGACGCGCGGAGUGGGAGGCGGCGCGCGCGCUCGUCGUGCACACGCAGGCCAUCAAGGCUGAAAACGCGCGCCUCCGGCAGGAGCUCCUGCGGCUCCUUCGCUGGGCUCAGCUGCUGCAUGACACGCGGCGCCAGCUGCUGGAGCAGCGUGAACAGCUGCGGCGCGAGCACGAGGACACUCGGGACCUGGCGCGCGUGCAUGGCUGGUUGCGCCGGGGCCCCGACGGCCCGCCGCUGUGGCAGCCGCCGCCGCCCGCCUCUCGUCUCGAGUCCUUUGCCGCCCCCACAGCCCCAUCGCGCGCGGCUCCCCGGGCCCCAUUGCGCGCGGGCUCCGGGUCAUUGCUCCCGUCGCAUGUGGGCUCCAGGACCCCAUCACAGGCCCCUUCGAAGGCGCGUUCACGGGUUCCAUCCCAGCACCCAUCGCCCUCGGGCUCCCGGGCCCCGUCCUUGAUCCCGCCCCACCGGGACUCCAGGGCCCCAUCCUUGACCCUGUCGCGCCCGGGCUCCCAGGUCUCUUCGCGGUUCUCAUUACCUGGAGCCUCACAGGGCACCACUCCGUCUACUAAGUCUGUCCUGGGAUCAGGCUCUUUCCGUCCCCCAGUCGAAGGAGACCGUGGACACUGA